CACACUAUCCCUCCUCCUCCUCCUCCUCCUCCUCCUCCGUUUUCUCUCUCUCCUUUCAGUCCAACGACGUCGUUUUUUCUCUCUCUCUCUUCUCUGCGUUUACGGUUCAACGACGUCGUUUAAACCCGAGCCGGCGGCGAUCUGAGAGAGAGAGAGAGAGCAAAUGUGCGGUUGUUGAUUCCGAGGAGCUGCUCUCGUCGCCUCGUCUUUGUCUCCGACGGAGAGAGAGAGGCCACGGUGAAGGUUUCUGUCGUCGACGGAGAAAAGAUUGAAGAAUAAUGUCGACGACGGAAAUGGAUCCUCUCGAUUCGUUGCUCUUCUCUCUCAGCAAAACGCUCUGUUCUCCCUUCGCCGUCUUUCUUCAGCUCCAGGGAUGUUCAAUUUGUUUGCUUCUGGCUUUGGGAUGGGCUUGUGCAGCUUAUGUCAGGAACAGAGAGAUUAAAAGGAUGAAGGAUAGUAUGCAACGAGGGAAUAGUUUUGCUUUCCUUUGCCAGGAUAUCAUGGAACUCGAGCACUCGAAUCAGGUCAACUUGCCAAGAGUGUCUGUUGUUAUGCCUUUGAAAGGAUUUGGAGAACAUAACUUACAUAAUUGGAGAAGUCAGAUCACGUCUCUAUAUGGAGGUCCUUUAGAAUUUAUUUUUGUGGUGGAAAGUACGGAAGACCCUGCUUACCGUGCUGUAUCCAUGCUAACAUCUGAGCUUAAGGAGGAGGUUGAUGCUAAGAUUAUUGUGGCUGGUCUUUCAACAACCUGCAGUCAGAAAAUUCACAAUCAAUUGGUUGGAGUGGACAAAAUGCACAAAGACAGCAAGUAUGUAUUAUUUCUGGAUGAUGAUGUUAGGCUCCACCCUGGAUCAAUUGGAGCCCUAACUACUGAGAUGGAGAAAAAUCCUGACAUAUUCAUUCAAACUGGAUACCCUCUUGAUUUGCCUUCAGGAAGUUUAGGAAGUUACUGCAUCUACGAGUAUCAUAUGCCUUGCUCAAUGGGCUUUGCUACCGGUGGAAGGACAUUCUUUCUCUGGGGAGGUUGCAUGAUGAUGCAUGCAGAUGAUUUUAGACUUGAUCGCUAUGGUGUGGUCUCAGGGCUUAGAGAUGGUGGUUACUCCGAUGAUAUGACUCUGGCAGCUAUAUCUGGGGCUCACAAGAGGCUCAUCACAUCACCUCCAGUUGCUGUCUUUCCUCAUCCCCUUGCAAGUGAUCUUAGUUUCUCAAGGUAUUGGAAUUACUUGAGGAAGCAGACAUUUGUAUUGGAAUCAUAUUUAACAAAGGUUAACUGGAUUAUGAACCGCGCAUUAUUUACUGUCCACUGCUAUCUCUCAUGGGGAUUUGUAACACCAUACUUGAUGGCCAUAGUUCAUGUAACAGCAGCCCUACGAAUGUAUAUUAAGGGGUAUUCGGUUGAGGAAACAACCUUCACUUUUGGUGGUUUGACACUGGUAGGCUGCCUAGCUGUAUGCACUAUUGUGGAACUUCUUUCAAUGUGGAACUUGACAAGGAUAGAAGUCCAUCUAUGCAACAUGCUAUCACCAGAGGCACCUAACCUUUCACUUGCUACAUAUAACUGGGCACUUGUGUUCAUUGCACUGGUCGUAGAUAAUUUUUUGUACCCCAUCUCUGCUUUUCGUUCUCAUUUUACUCAGUCUAUCAAUUGGUCGGGUAUUCGAUAUCACCUGAAGAAUGGGAAGAUAUUCAAGAUUGAACGAAGCAAGGAUAUGGGUCCAACUUACACGGAUUUGGGAGGAAAGCAUUUAGGGAAGAAAGGAGCUCCUCCAAAGUUGUCAUUCCUCAGCUCUUUGGCUAGAAGUCUUGCACAGUGGUAUCAACCGAAGAAAUAUGAGAGCUAAGAAAUUUGCUCAGUUCCAAGUGAAACAUAUUACAUUGUGAUCGUACCUGUUGUGAUCAGUGAAACACAUUGUGAUCAAACCUGUUGUGAUCAGUUGCCCAUCUCUCAAGAUCGAAUGGGUGACGAGGGUGUUGGAAGAAAAAUUUGUUGGGGUGGGAUUGGUUGGCAAUUCAAUUAUUGGUUAUUGGUUAGAGUGCUUUUAGGAAAUUUUUGCUUCAUCCAUUCAAAUCCAUUUGAUUCUUCAGCCUCAACCCAGAAUGUCAGGGUUGAUUUGUAACUCGGUCUCUCCCCCCAGCCUCAUUCUUUAGUUCUGUAACCUCAAUUCUUACAGAGAUUCAUAUGAUAGCUUGAAAUGUGAUUUUUCCAUAUGCUGUUGGUACAUAUCAAUUAAUUCAAUUCAAGCCUUUUUUCAUUUGGUUGCUC